AUGACGGCGAAUCAGCCGGCGGGCGAGGCCCUCGCGACCCACAUCUCCGGCAUGUCCCGCCCGGAGAUGUACGACCUCAUGUCCCAGAUGAAGGCCAUGCUCGACCACGACCAGGAGAGGGUGCGCCGAAUGCUCGUCGAGAACCCCGACGUCACCCGCGCGCUCUUCCGGGCCCAAGUGGUUCUCGGAAUGGUCAAAACACCUAAAGCUGCACAAUCUUCCGACACGCACCAGCCAACAGUUGCUCAGACAACUCCUCCUGCAUCAGUUAAAGCUACAGUACAAGAUCAUGUUAACUUGCCCCAGCCUCCCUUGCCUACCAAUCAACAGAAUUUGCAACCUUCUGGCCAAUUUCCUUCGGGCACUUCUAAUGUGACACCAUCUUUGGACCUUCCACCUGUGCCAGCGAAUCCACCACAAUCAGCACAAUCAAAAGGAUACCCUAUCCAUCAGAUGCAUUCUGCAUCAGCACCGCAGUCAUCUCAGUAUCCAAAUGUUACCAUGCCUCCUCAUGCUCCUCCACAGUAUUCAAAUGUUCCAUCUCAUAUGCCAACAGUGAACAGUCAACCACAGCAACCAUUGCAAAAUCCUGGAAUGUUUAACCAGCAAUUACAGCCACCCCUGCCCCAGUUGCCUAGGCCACCUUCCAUGCAGGCAUAUACACAUCAGAUGCAUCAGCAAAUACCCAGUACAUAUGGUCAGCACAUGUUGCAACAACCAAUGUUUCAUCCAGGUGGGAAUCCACAAAAUUCUUUCUUUACAGGUCAACAACAGCAGCAAUUACCCAACCAGCCACCACCAUUGCCGAAUCAGCCACCACCACAGCUAUACCAGGCUAAUUCACAUGUGAGCUCGCACUACAAUUCCCAAAGUAUGCAAGUCGAUAGAUCAGCUCCAUGGGGGCGUGGCAACCAAGAAGCAUCGUCGGCUGGCUCCCAUUUCCCUGGCCAAUUUCAAGGUCUACCUGGACAGAUGACCCAAGGGAUUGGCGGAAUGCAGACAGGCCGCCCAGAAGCACCUUUGACAGCCGACAUGGAAAAGAUGCUAGUACAGCAAGUCAUGAGCAUGUCGCCGGAGCAGAUCAACGCGCUGCCCCCGGAGCAACGUCAGCAGGUGCUUCAGCUGCGAGACAUGCUGCGUCAAUGA